AUGCCCGAGGGCAAGAGUAGACCUAGUCAGAACCUGGGGCUCAUAGGGUCGGGGCCAUCGAAGAGAAUUGAAGCAAUUCGAGUAGAUGUUGUUCGAGAUGCGGUAGAAGGAGAGCAAGCGGUACUGAUGCAGCGACUCUGGAGGUUACAAACCAUUCAAUCGGCAGACGAGAAACGUGCACGUCGACGAUUCAAUAGUUUAUUGCGCGCUUUCGACACCGAAGAUCUGGCUGCUAUUUUGAAGGCUGUCGAAACAAGUGGACGAGAGAUAAAGCAGUGUGCACCAGGUCCACCGAUGGAUAUAAACGAAGAGAUGCCCGGUUGCUCGAAAGAUACGGCAGCACACGAGACCGAAGAGGACGAAGAAUACGACGAAGCACUUCAACCGCAGAAGUUCGAAGAUUCGGGUCUCAUUCCACAAAUCGACAAACCCAUGUCGAUGCCUUACCUUUGCUGCAAACUAUGGCGAUGGAAAGAUUUACAGGUGGAUGCAGCGUUGCACAGGCUUGAUCCAUUGCCAUGGUGUCGAUUCGGUCGUGUCACCAUGAAUAACGCUACUGUUUCUUGUUGUAAUCCGUACCAUUAUGCUCUUUGGAUUAUCGUUGCAGCUGAAUCUGGUGCAGAUUCCGAAGAGGAGAGUCUUGUCGGGGGUGUUAAUGGAACGUUGCCUUUGGGCGAGAAUUCCUUCUUAACGAACGACACGGGAUUCGGUGACGAGUUAACAGCCACGAGUAAUAUGUUACCUCCGAGCCGUGCCCCUCCGCCAGUCCCAGACUCAGCGCCUUUAACACCACCCAAUAUCAACACACAUCAUGCUUCAUCUAGUACUGUUUACUCAUGGGCAUUAAUGUAUAGAUGGGAAGAGAAGAAGCGAAUGGACGAUAAGGGAGUGGCUUUACGAGGUGCAUUCGUUGCGGUUGGACUGCUUGCAGAUGCAGUGCACGACGGUCAGAACGUGUGUUCCGAAUGGGAUCUGAAGAAGGAGGUGUCUUUCGCGCUCAUUCGACAGCCUGACUCGAAGCAGAUCUCCGAGGAUGUUUGGAUUUACAACAGCGGCUCGAAGCCUUUGUUUAUCUCGAUGAGCUCGUCCUCAGUGAGCUCGCAAAAGAGUGAAACGAUUCGCCGCGUCAGUUCGGGUUACUGCUAUCGAGUGCACAGGUUCAUCGCAUCUCGAACCAUUGCAAACAACGCCUUCUAUAAUCAUCCUCUCACAACCACCAAUAUAACUAGCACCGAUCCAAAGGCACAUAUUAUCACUGAUAAUAUCAACACAAUCACACAACCACAACAAGACCCUGCAAACACGCACUGUUUUUUGAAUAUUUCCGUUGGCAAAGGUUGGGGUAGUAAUUAUCGUAGGAUCAAUCAUACAGACACUCCGUGCCGUUAUGAAGUUAUCUUUGUGCCCGAUUUUAUAUGA